AUGCGGAAUACAACAUUGAUUCUUAUGGCUGCAGUGAUGGUUUUGUAUCUUUUAGUGGACCUAACUAGUGUGACAGGAUGCAAGGGCAAGCCCAGAACACCAAAGUGCAGUGGGGCAGCAGAUGGUGGGAAUAACCGGAAAAGGAAGUGCAAAAAGUCAGCCAACAAUAAUAUGUGGCACUAUAAUGAGGUGACUAAAAACUGCACCAAAAUCAAUUACCUAGGCUGUGCCGGCAAUGAUAAUCGUUGGUGUACCCAAAUCUUAUGUGAAGGCUGUCGAAGGAGAUAAAAUAAAAAAAUCAAAUGAAAUAAAAACAAUUUAGUUUAUAUUAUUAUUUUGCUGGUUUAUUUGAUUGGUUGGUUGGUUUCCCUUUUCUCAAAUAUUGGUUGAUUUCAUCUUUUGAAAAUGAUAACCAGUUGAUUUGAAAAAAAAACGCUAACAAAAGUUAAUAAGCUUGCAAAUUGCAUUACGUUUAUGAUUAUCACUAAGUUUAAGUACAACAAUUCUUAAAGCUAAACUUCAACCAGUUCUGUACAGGCUUAAUAUAAGUUACUAGCUUUUAAAUAGUUUAGUUUAUUUUUUUGUUUUGUUUUGUUAUCUAGAAAUUCUUUACAAACAUUGCUAAAAUUUAUAAUUAUUCGAUUUGUUCACUUCGCUUCUGUUUCUCUUUUUCUUUUUCUUUGUUUUUCCUUUUCUAUUUUUUGUGCUGUUUUAUUAAUUAUUUUAAUUAUGAUUUUUCUUUAACGGAAUGCGGGCGGUAUUAAGUUAAGUAUUAAGUAUUUGAUUUUCGUUGCACAGGUACGCAAUGAUAUGUGAAGGCAGCUGUUUAAUCAAUUUCAUUCUUACUGAUCUGAGGUAGGUUCAAAAACAAUGUAUACAAAAAAAAAAUAAUAAUAAUAUAUAUUUUAAAAAAUAAAAUAAAAAACCAUUUGCGUGGGGCAUUUGAAACAGUCUAGAUCCUACACAAAAUUACAAACCUAAACGGGCCA